AUGGAUCAUUUCGCCCCGGUAGCCCCCAGCCAUGUCCGCGCUCUGGUGCUGCCAGUUGGUCGAAUAGAGCGCGACAAAUUCCUGCGCUUCGUCCAGAGAUUACAGACAGAGGCCAGCGUAAUCCCACUCGCCGACAUCCAACAGAAAACGGACGACGAUGCCUUCUUCCUCUCGCCAAAAGCCUUCCCGCAAGGCUCCCUGCUUUACCGCUUCUCCCCGGCGGCGCCCUCCGACCAACAGCACCAACUCUCGCCUUUUGAGCUUUUUCGCGAGCCUUUGCUAGUGCUCGGCGUAGUAGAUGCAACGCAGGAGGCCAGUCAAAAAGAGCUAGGAGAUGCUGCGGCAUAUCUGAAAGAGAAGCAUCCCCGUGUUGUGCACAGGCAACUCAUUGUUCUGAAGGAGGACGAGAAUGAGCUGGCGUCUAGGAUAGGCAAUGAAAUCAACGUUGCCAAUGUUGAACAUGACAACGAUCCAUCUCUCAGACAGGCAGUGUGCGAGGUCUCGGCGCGGUUCUUGGUCGAGCUCACAACGUACGCAAAAGCAAUGCAAGCCUCGCCUACGAUUCAGACGCCUGGUCAAACAGCUCGGAGUCUGCAAAGGACCACAUCGUUGCGUGAAAACGAGAAGAGACCCAGUACAGGACAUGCCACUCCACCUCCAAGCGGAAGCGUUUCCAGCCCGACAGAUGAUGGCUCACCCGCUCCAACUUCACGGGUGCCGCCUUUGCCAGCGACGUCUUUCGAUCAGAUACCGGGUGCCAACAGCACUUCAAGUGGUAUUUCAAGACCAGACAGCCGUGCUAGCGAUCAAAGUGCUGCUGCGAAACCCAAAGGCAAAAGUGCGCGAGCCUCAAGUCAAGAUCGUGUCUCAGUGCAAGGCUUUGGAUCGAGCACCUCGCAGGAGAAAGCCAGAAUCAGAGGCAGAGCUCGAGUAGGCAUCGUCGUGGGUUCCAUAUAUUUGAUGGCUGGCCAUUGGAAAGAAGCUCUUCGUCUGCUCGUAGAACACACCACGAAAGCUCGAUCGCUCUCCGAUCACUUGUGGCAUGCCAAAGGUCUCGAGAAUAUGAUCGUUUGCAUGCUGCUUCUCGCGUGGUCCGGGGUCGAGUUCCAAGUGCCUUCUAUAUGUGAUCCAGUCACAGAUCGAACGAGUUCCCCGAACGUAGCUCGCCUGACCGCUGAAGCAAAAGCAGCUUCAGAAGGCACAAAACAACAGCUGCAGAUCUUUCGUCUGUCUGUGGCCAUUCCCGACAUGGCGAAGCUGAUACUGAGCCUCUAUCGCUCUACAGAGGGUUCUCUAGAGCUUCCGUUUCUCUGUCAUGCAGAAGCGACCGUACGCAUGUCCAAGCUGUUGGCAGCGCUGAGCUCGGUUAAAGGCCAGCUCACACCAGCAGCCUUGCGACUCAUCUGCAUCAGCCAGUACGCAUCAAGCGAUGCUACCAUCUCUCCUCUGCGAGCAUCAGGUCCCGCGGCAGCCCUGGGAAAUGCCAAGUUGCUGUCGAAGAUCGCCAUAGCAGAUAUGCUGGCGUUCGCUCUACCCACGCCAGAUGAUAACUUGGCAAUAAGUGAUCAUAUUCGGAUCCUCUCUGGAGUGGUCUGUUCUUACGCAAUGCUGGGCCUUGAGCGCAAGAAAGCCAUCACCAUUAAAGAUCUUGUUGUGCGUCUCACAGGAGCUCUGAUCCAAGCCCGCAAACUGGGAGCCGCUGAGAUGGGCAUCCACCCUGCUGCAGCAAUUUCGCUGGACACUGGCGCUGAUACCAUUCGAGCCAUAUCAGAAGAAAGUGGUGGAAUCAAUGACCUGGUUGCUGACGUUGUCAACAUAUAUGGCGCGAGUCUGAUACCUCCUGGACGAUCAGAAACGCCGAUCUACCUGAACCCUCAAGGAUUUGGUAACCAAGGCCUCACCAUUCAACUUCUUGGCGAUCUCAUCAAUUUCUGUGAAGCGUCUCCAGAGCCAUUCGGUGUGCUAUGGCUUACUUCGUCUGUUCUUCGCACUGCUGGGCCUUACUCUGCCAUCGAUGCAGCUCCAUUCAAGUCUUCGACCAACGCAUUCAACAGACAAGAGCAGAUGCAUUUGGCCACCGUUAUCAGUCAGACUGUUGCUGCAUCAAGACACCUUGGUCUUUCUGAUGUGCAAGCAACGUACUGGGAUCCUUUCCUGGUGCGCGGUGUGGAAAUCCAACAAGCUAUUGGCGAGAAGGCUGUCAUCGAUCGCCAAAGAUUGAUCCAGGCAGAUGGUGUUGUCGAUCCCAAGAAUCCUCUCCUGUACGAUCCAAAUGCUAGCCGUCCCGGGACGGCAACUACCAAGAAGACGUACGUACUCGUCGAUAAGGAGCCAUCUGAGUGCCUUGUGACUCUGCAAAAUCCAUUCGACAUUCCUGUUGACAUUGAGAAUCUGGAGCUCGUUACGGAUGGCGUGCCGCUCUCCUCUCAUCAUGAGCCUGUCACUCUCGGUCCGCUCAGAUUUCAACAAAUACGACUCAUGAUAUCCCCUCAACGGACUGGUCCGACGAAGAUCACCGGCUGUCGUGUCAAGAUGCAAGGCUGUGUGCCUCAGGUGUUUCCAAUUGUUUCUGAGGCAUGGUCGGCCAAAACUCCCAUGACGAUCAAAGAACUUGGCCUCCAAGCACGGCCGCCGCGUUCCGAUGACGACGGACAACACGACUUGAAGAACCUUGGUGUCGACCCGGAGAUUAUAGAUUGCACAGUGCUGGACGCUUUGCCCACGCUUGUGUUUGAUAAUGUGUCCGACCUGGAGUCUGGGUUGAUGCUGCUCGAGGGCGAGAACCGUCACAUCAGACUUUUGUUGCGCAAUACCAGUCCUGUCGCAGCGGCUGUCUUUGAAAUCAAGACGAAUGCCAACGUUCGCAAAGGGCUCUCCGUCAUUGAUCAAGACGAUGCUGAGAAAAACUUGAUCCCGCCGGGAGAGUGUCUCGAGUUCGACUUCGAGCUGCACGGCAAAGCUGGUAUAUCCAGAACGCAAGCCAACUUCUUUUUUUGCUCUCAGCCAGUUGACACAGAUGCGGACGAGGACAAUACGACGACUCCGGCUCGAUCUCAUACUUCUGGCAGAUAUGCUCGCAUGCUGUCGGUACCGGUCGACAUGACAGUCAACGCUGCCUUGCAAAUACACAACCUUGAGGUCACAGAAUCCGAGGCCAUCGUUGAUGAUGCUCUUGUGGUGUCUUAUGACAUCCGGAAUGCCUGGCCAAAGUCCAUCUCUUACUCCUGCUCUGGCGGUCACGGUGGCGAAAAUGGCGACGACAAUGGCGUCUCCUCGCUGGAGCUUUCGAAUCGGCAGGGCUUUAUCGCUCCUGGCGAGAUUCGACGGGUAUUCUUGAUGUCCAAGCGAGGCGCUGAUGCCGCUGCCUUUGGUGUGGAUGAUGAAGUGUUGCAGAAGAGCUUCUUGAGCUCUCUGGUAGUGCGAUGGUCUGUCGAUGGACGCAGUGGCGUCGUUGACAUGCAAAGCCUUUCCAUGUCGCCAGAAUCGCUGGAUCUGAUUCGUGCUGCACCUGUCGACGUCAAUCUUCUUGUCGUCGAAGAUGGUGAUGGUGGAACAAAGCAGCCCUUGCCCGUUGGCUCCUUUGUCCGUGUUCGUGUCAAGAUAUCGAACCGAGCGCAGUACUCCGGUCCUUUGUUCGUGCAGCUACAACCUCGAACGUCUGAAGCUGGUCGCGAUGAUAGACGUCUCGCUGUCGCUGGGACACUUCAGCGAGUCGUGUCGCCGCCGAAAGAAGGAGAGGAGGCCCGGCUGGUCGACUUCGUGCUCUGUCCGCUGCUGGCCGGCGUCCUGCAGCUCGAAGCCUUGGUGAAACGCGCCCAGAUCGGCGCGGCACGAGCAGAAGAGAGCGAGUGGUGCUGUCGAAAGGCAUUGGCUCUGCGUGUCCAAGGUGGCAGUUAA